AUGACCAGGGACUUCCGUACGGGUGGUGACCCUAUACUCGACAACACUCUUAACCUUAAGAGGGAUUCCGAAUGGAAACGGAUUCGUACACUAAUUACGCCCACAUUUACGGUCGGAAAACUCAAACGAAUGACUCCUUUAAUACUGAAAUGCGUGGACACUAUGACCGACAACAUCGACAAAAUCAUUGCUAAUAGUAAUGGAAAUCUCUCGGCACCGGUAGACGUGAAACUAGUUACCAGUGCCUACGUUAUGGAGUCUAUGAUACAGGUGGCUUUCGGUCGGAAAGUGUCAGCACUGGCCGACCCUAACAACCCUAUUAUAGAGAAUUUCCGCAAAUUUUUUGAUUUUAAUGUAGCUUUCCUUACUGAAUUUUUCCGAGAUUUUACACUCAGUCUGAUUGACGAUAGGAAACGGGAUUUGGAAACCAGAAGUCCUGUAAAAAGGGUUGACUUUUUGCAACUGAUGUUGAAUUCAAUGAGAGAUAAUAAUAAUGAGGCGAUCGAUGGGUCAGAAGGAUAUACGGAUAGUCAGAGGGCAGAGAAAUAUAGGGAAAUACAACCCACGGCUGAUAUGAACGAUAAAAGCCUUUCAUACGACGAGCUUAUAGCCCAAUGUGUGAUGUUUUUAACAGCCGGGUAUGAGAGCUCAUCCGCCACUCUGUCCAUGUGUUUGCAUAAUAUCGCUAAACAUCCGGAAGUUCAACACAAACUGUACGAAGAAAUUCAUACAUUUCACAAACAAAAGAAAUCAAGUACCGAUUCGUACGAAACGAUGCACUCAUUGAAAUACAUGGACGCAGUCAUCGACGAGACUCUACGGCUAUUCACGUCACCCAUAGCCAGGGAAAGGGUCGCCAAUGAGGACUACGAGCUUAAGGGUACAGGUAUUACCAUUAAAAAAGGACAUCUUGUGCACAUACCCGCCUAUGCCAUGCAUAGAGACCCGGAUAACUUUGUUGACCCGGAAUCGUUUAGACCGGAAAGGUUUUUAGCGGAAAACAUAGCCCACAAUCCCUAUACGUAUUUGCCAUUUGGUGCCGGCCCUCGAAACUGUAUUGGCAUGCGAUUGGCACAGCUGGAAAUUAAAUUAGCCCUGGUCAAUCUCUUACAUCAAAUCAUUUGA